CACUGCUUUGCGCUCAUUUAAUCUCUCAGGGUCAACGUGAAGCAUCCCACCAUGCCGUUCAAAGUCUCACCGUGGUAUAAGAAGAAACUUGUGAGCCAAGUCCAAACCGAUUAUGCUUAUCACCACACGGCUAAACAAGUGUCUCAGAAAACAACGGUCAGGAAAUCAGUCAGUCACAAGCAGAAGAGCCCAGAGCCACAGGCCUCAGAGGCGAUGGCACAACCAGCCUACACCGUCCCGGCCUUUCGGGAGAGGUCCCAGGAUGACUCCACCCCCGAGUACCAGCGGGUGUCUGCUAAUGUGGGGAAGGGUCUCGCGGUGAUCCAGCAGGAGCUGCACCGCAUGAGGAUGGUCACCAAGGCCCAGGUCGACAACAUUGCCAUCCAGAAAGAGGUGAAGGAGAAGAUGUCUAAGAGGUCGGAGUUGUUGGAUGACAUUGGGAAAAUGCCGGACUUCCUAGUGGCUCUGAGGCCUCACACUGUUUGGGAGAAGACUCCAGUGAAGCUGUUCUGCACUGUACAGGGAAACCCCAGGCCCAUCGUCAAAUGGUACAAAGGAGGUGUGCCGGUGGACCCUCUGAGCGCUCCUGGAAAGUACAAGAUUGAGAAUAAAUACGGAGUCCACAGUUUGAUUAUUAGCAGGUGUGUAGUGAGUGAUACGGCUGAAUAUAGUGCUGUGGCCACAAACCAACAUGGCACCACGACCAGCAAGGCAACAGUCACUGUCAAGAGAGCGAGUGGAUCUGGAGAGCCCUGCCACCUUGGUCUGGUGCCCCAUCUGUCAGAAAUCCACCCCAGUAAGCUGGAGGUGUCUCUUCUGGACUGUUUCCCUGUGAGUUUUGGAGUGGAGGGCGGAACCAUCAGUCUGGCCUGUAGCAUGGUCAUAGUCCCAGACCUCCCCAACGUGCCCCCUCUCGUGCAAUGGUACAGAGACGAUAAGCUGCUGAAGCCUGGUAAACUUGUUGAGAUGUUUGUGGGAGGAGGAGUUGCACGUCUUGUUCUACCCUCUCUGGCCAAAGACGAUGAGGGUCUAUACACUGUCCGCAUCUUCGCCAAGGAUGGCACCGUAGACCACAGCGCUUACCUCUUUGUCUCAGAUGCGGCCCCCACCACUGCUGGGGCCCCUGGAGCCCCCAUGAGCGUGAAGGCGUACGAUGUGAAUGCAGACUUUGUCCUGGUCGCCUGGAAACCACCAAACACUGUCAAUGAGGCACCCAUCACCGGAUACUUCGUCGACCGUUGUGAGUCUGGCAGUGACACUUGGGUGCAGUGUAACGAUUCCCCGGUGAAGGUUUGUAAAUACCCUGUCCACGGGCUGAAUCUGGGCCACUCAUACCACUUCAGGGUCCGGGCAGUGAACAGUGCGGGCAUCAGCAGACCCUCCCGCAAGUCCGACAAAAUCACUGCCAUCGAUCCCAUAGAGAAUGAACGGUUGCAAGUGGUAAAAAUACCCGGGAAAUCUGACAUAGUGAUCAAGGAUGAUGAUCUGGAAGGCUACGUUACUGUUCCUGGGGAGCCCACAGAGCUGCAUGUGUCUGAGGUGUUUAGGUCCUACGUGGUUUUGAGCUGGACUCCUCCCAAACCGCGAGGAAGGGCCCCGCUUUGGUACGUCAUCGAGAAGUGCUUUGCAGGCACAGAAGCAUGGCAGCGCAUCAACACAGCAGUCAAAAUCAGCUCUCCGCGAUAUCCGGUCUUUGAUUUAGCCGAGGGACAGAAAUACCAGUUCAGAGUGUAUUCUGUGAACAUGUACGGGUCGAGUGAGGCGUCCCUGCCCACUGAGCCUGUGCAGAAAGUGGACAUGGAUGGUGUCCCAUCUGCCCCGGGGCAGGUCACUGCCACCAGAAACACAAAGUCAUCUGUGUUUGUUCAGUGGGAUUCUCCCAAACACCUGAAGAACCUGAUGGGAUAUUACAUCGAUGGCAGAGUUGUUGGGUCCAAGGAGUGGUUCCCUUGCAACCACAAGCCAUUCAAGCACAACAGAUUUGUGGUGCAUGGACUUGUUCCUGGAGAGACGUACGUGUUCAGAGUUCAAGCUGUGAAUGUGUUUGGUUUGAGUGAAGAGUCUCAGGAGUCCGGCCCUAUCACAGUCGAGCCGGCCCUAUCAACCCCUAGUGCCCCGUUCGGUAUCACAAUGUUGAGUUGCGAUGGUUCAUCCAUGACUUUGGCUUGGAACAGCCCCAGACACUGUGGAGGAUCUAAAGUGAACGCCUAUUACAUCGAUAAGAGAGACGCAGAUACUCUGGCCUGGAAGGAGGUCAACCUGCAGGCGGUCACAGAGAGAGUUUGCAAGGUGGAGAAUCUGACAGAGGGAACUUUCUAUGAGUUUAAGAUCACCGCUGGUAACCUGGCUGGAGUGGGCAUCCCCUCUGCUCCUAGUGCUCCUAUGAAGUGUGAGGCCUGGACCAUGGACACUCCUGGACCGGCCUAUGACCUGAGCUUCAGUGAGGUGAGGGGCAACUCCCUGGUUCUGUUGUGGAAGGCUCCUGUUUAUAUCGGGGCUAGUCCAGUCACCGGGUACAUCGUCGAAAUGGCCAAAAAAGGAUCUAAGGACUUUGUGGCUCUGAACGAGGAAGCUGUCAGCCACCGCUACUUCCAGGUGUCUGGAUUGGAGGAGGGUCAGUCGUAUGUGUUUAAAGUUCGUGCCGUCAACAGCAGUGGAAUUGGAAAAGCUUCACUGGUGUCUGAGCCAGUGUGUGCCAAAGCUCUGCCAGGAACCCGUGAGAUUGAAGUAGGAGUAGAUGAGGAGACUGGAGACAUCUUUUUGUCUCUUGAAGCCUGUGAAAUCAGUGAGACAUCUAAGUUUAUCUGGUCCAAAAACUACAGCCCGGUCGGAGAGUGCCCCCGAGUGUCCAUGAGCAGCAAAGGAAGAACCUCCAGACUGACGUUCACAAACCCAGACAAAGACGACCUGGGCCGAUACUCUGUCGUGGUCACUGACACCGAUGGAGUCUCCGCCAGCCACACCCUCACUGAGGAUGCCUUGAACACUAUGUUGGAGCUCAGUUAUGCCAUUAGACAUCCAGUUGUUCCUCUGAAGCACGGCCUGAAUUAUGAGAUCUUGGAGAAGGGCCACGUUCGCUUCUGGCUCCAGGCCGUGAAACUAUCCUCCGCUGUGUCCUACAGGUUUAUCGUCAAUGAUAAAGAAGUCACCAGUGGAGAGGGCCAUAAGAUCAGUCAUGACGCCGCCACCGGAGUGAUCCAGAUGAUUGUGGAGAACUUCACCAGAGCCAAUGAGGGCACCUACACUGUACAAAUCCACGAUGGAAAGGCAAAGGCUCAGUCCUCCCUGGUGCUGGUGGGAGAUGUGUUCAAAGCUGCUCUGAAGGAGGCUGAGUUCCAGAGAAAGGAGUUCAUUAGAAAACAAGGCCCACACUUCUCUGAGUACCUGUCCUUUACUGUUACCGAGGACUGCACUGUUCUGUUGCAAUGCAAGGUCGCUAAUGUGAAGAAGGAGACAGCUUUCCACUGGUACAAGGAAGAUGAUGAGAUUGUCCCAGAAGCCCCACCCAAUGUGAUGUCUGGGGCCUGUGCUCUGCCUAUUCCCAAUUUUUCCAGAAAGGAUCAGGGCGUGUAUAAAGCAGUCCUGGGUGACGACAAAGGCAAAGACACGUCGGUGAUCGACAUCUCUGGACAAGUUUUCGAUGACAUCAUUAAUGCCCUCGCUCAGGUUGCCGGUGCGUCGGCCUCUGACCUGGUGCUGCAGUGCACCCCUGAAGGCAUCAGGCUCCAGUGUUACAUGAAGUACUACACUGAGGAGAUGAAGACUGUCUGGAAACACAAGGAGAGUAAGAUUGCGUCAUCAGAGAAGAUGAGGAUUGGUGGCACAGCGGAGAUGGCCUGGAUGCAGAUCUGUGACCCAUCUGACAAAGAGAAGGGACAGUACUCCAUCGAGAUCUCAGACGGAGUCCAGACACACACACGCACCUUUGACCUCUCUGGACAAGCCUACACCGAUGCUUAUGAUGAGUACCUCAGGCUGAAGGCAGCUGCAUUUGCUGAGAAAAACCGUGGCAGAGUCGUCGGUGGUUUGCCUGAUGUCGUUACCAUUAUGGAGCAGAAGUCCCUGAGCCUGACCUGCACUGUUUGGGGCGACCCAACUCCUGAGGUCACAUGGUUCAAGAAUGAGCAGGAAGUGGCCUGCACUGAGCACACCAAGGUCACUUUCGACGGGGGCAAAUUCGCCAGUUUGGUCAUCAACAAAGUCACGCCCGAAGACUCCGGCAAGUACAGCAUCAACGUCCGAAACAAAUAUGGUGGCGAGUUUGUGGAGAUCACCGUGAGCGUCUACAGGCACGGCGAGCAGCUCCCAGAGCCCAGAGUGGGGCAAGCCAAACCAACAUCCACACCUGCUGCUACACCUGCUUCUACACCCGUCCCUCCCUCCAAGACGCCCACCCCGACACCUUCCAAACCCCAGACCCCCGCACCCUCUGUCAAGAGCCCCACUCCCGCACCCUCCAUGAGGAGCCCUACACCUGCUUCUACUCCUGCCUCUACACCUGCACCCAAAUCACCAACCCCCACCCCGAAGUCUCCAACCCCCACCCCCAAAUCACCAACCCCUACCCCGUCCCGUGGAGUCAAGUCACCCACUCCACCACGUUUCAUGAAGUCCCCAACCCCUCCCAGGAAGUAGACCGAGCCCUAAACCAGUCUGAGAUCUGCUGUAGUCCAGACCGGCAAUGUGUGCAGUGUGGAGUUUGAUGCUUAGACGUAGAUGAGGUUUUUAGUCCAGGUUGUUGGUUUAAAGCACUGGACCAUAUAACAAGAGAGAAAAAAGGACUUUAAGAGGGAUCUGAACUUAAGCCUUGGUUACAUGGAUAUUUUUAUGACGAUAUUUAUUGAAUUUGCAUUUUUUUAGUGUGUAGUUUUGUUUACAUAAGCAAAAUAGAGUUGGUGGUAAGCAAAGAUUUUAGCUUUUUGAGCAACAAUAAAAUAUAAAUUUCAGGAUAGAUAUAAAUAAAUAGACACUGUUCAGUGUUCCAGCAAAAAUUAUUAUAUUAUUAGUGAUGGCUUGAUGCUUGUUUGCUUGAUUUCUUUUGUUACCAGUCAAUUACAGUGACAACUUGUCCAUUGAAGUAGAUUAAAGUAGCUUUUGAACCAUCAGCCUUAGUUAAAUGAUAACCAUUCUAUUUGUUUUCUUGCAGCCUAGACCAAAUCACCAAAAUGUCUUCAUAAAAAUAUGUGUAGCCAAGGUUGUGUUGAUAGCAUCACAUGUGAAGUGGCUGUUCAAUGGAAACAGCUAAAAUGAAACUUACUUACAAUAUAUAGAAAUUAAAAGUUAUACCUUCCACAAAACUAAGUGGAAUGCUUAUUUAUCAUAUUUAAUUUACAUAAUAAGUAUGUAACACUUAAACACUUAAAGUUAUUGAUAAAAUAUAUGGAAAGUUCACAUAUAUUUCUUGAGGCCAUAGUUGCAAUAAAUUUACAUAGGGGAGGUAUGUCUUAUUAUAUUGAGGUUGUAAGGAUAGUUUUGGGGAAAAUAAAGGUGAAUUUUAAUCCUGGUUCUAACACUGCUCACAUGUGUUUGAAGCUUGUGAUGACAAUAAAUGUCACAUGUCAACCUC